CUCCGUCAGCUUUCCCUACAACAAUUCACAUAUUCCCACAAACACUCUACACUCUACACACACUCACACUCUCUCUCUUUCUCUAAAACCUCUUUCUCUCUCCACCAAGCUUCCAUCCAUGGCGGUUUCGGUUUCAGUUUCAUCCCUUUUCAUAUCUCCAAUCUUCUCCUUCUUCUUCUUCUUUUUUACUUUAGCCAUUUCAACAGAUGUAGACCUGCUUCUCAAAAGAAUCAAACCGUCAAUCCAAGGAGAAACGGAGAAUUUAUUGUUGAAUUCGUGGAAUACUUCCGUUCCGCUCUGUCAAUGGCGAGGACUGAAAUGGGUUUUCACUGAUGGAUCUCCAUUAACAUGUACAGAUAUCUCAUCACCUCAAUGGUCGAAUAUUUCGCUCUCGAAAGACCCAUCUCUUCAUCUCCGUUCCCUUCAACUACCUUCGGCCAACCUCUCCGGCACACUUCCGCCGGAGCUUGGAGAACUUUCGACUCUUCAGAGUCUGUACCUGUCCGUUAACUCCAUUUCGGGUUCCAUACCUCUUGAAAUAGGGUACAGUUCUUCAUUAUCAGACAUUGAUCUAGGCAAUAAUUUGUUAACCGGGUCGGUUCCUGCGUCCAUCUGGAACCUCUGUGAUCGACUCAUUUCUCUUCGGCUUCAUGGUAAUUUAUUAUCCGGGUCAAUCCCAGAACCCGCAUUACCGAAUGCCACUUGCAGCACUUUACUGUAUUUUGAUGUUGGGCAGAAUAAAUUUUCAGGAAUUUUUCCAGGAUUUAUACCUGGGUUUAAAGGGCUUCGAGAGCUUGAUCUUAGCAGUAAUAAUUUUUCUGGUAAAAUCCCAGAUGAGUUAGCUAUUUUAAGUUUAGAGAAGUUGAAUCUCUCCUACAAUAAUUUCUCUGGGGUUUUGCCUAAUUUUGGUCAAUUAAAAUUUGGGGUGGAUUCAUUCGAAGGGAACGAUGCUAACUUAUGUGGUCCGCCAUUAAAGAGAUGUAAACAGACCUCUGGAGGUUUAAGUUCUGGUGCAGUUGCUGGACUUGUGAUUGGUUUAAUGACUGGAAUGGUUGUUUUUGCUUCACUGUUGAUUGGGUAUUCACAGGGGAGAAAAAAGAAGACUUUCGAUGAAGAAGAUGAAGAAUACGAUGAUGGUGAAGAUGAUGAAAAUGGCGAUGGUAGUGGUGAAGGCAAAUUGAUUUUAUUUCAGGGUGGUGAGCAUUUGACACUGGAAGAUGUAUUGAAUGCUACUGGUCAAGUUAUGGAGAAGACAAGUUAUGGCACGAUCUACAAGGCAAAACUAGCAGAUGGUGGGACGAUUGCUUUGAGGUUAUUGAGGGAAGGAAGUUGUAAAGAUGGUGGUUUAUGUUUGCCUGCGAUUAAGCAGUUGGGAAGAAUCAGGCAUGAUAAUUUGAUUCCCUUGAGAGCUUUUUAUCAAGGAAAGAGAGGGGAGAAGUUAUUGAUUUAUGAUUAUCUUUCAAAUAGGACGCUUCAUGAGCUCUUACAUGAAUCACGGCCCGGGAAGCCGGUGUUGAACUGGGCUCGGAGACACAAGAUCGCGUUAGCAAUAGCCAAAGGGCUCGCACAUCUGCACUCGACCAUCGAGACACCCGUUACACAUGGCAACGUGCGGUCAAGAAACGUAUUGGUGGAUGAUUUUUUCGUGGCUCGGCUCACCGAUUUCGGGCUCCACAAGCUCAUGGUCCCGGCUGUAGCCGAUGAAAUCAUCGCAUCGGCUAAAAGUGAUGGCUACAAGGCUCCGGAGCUUCAAAAGAUGAAAAAUUGCAAUUCAAGAACGGAUGUUUAUGCUUUUGGGAUUUUGUUGUUGGAGAUUUUGUUGGGGAAGAAGCCCGGGAAGAGUGGCGGGCGGGAUGGGUUUGUUGAUUUGCCGGCGGUGGUGAAGGUGGCGGUUUUGGAGGAGACAACAAUGGAGGUUUUUGAUAUUGAGGUUUUGAAAGGGAUCAGGAGUCCAAUGGAAGAUGGUGUGGUUCAGGCGUUGAAGUUAGCCAUGGGGUGCUGUGCACCGGUUGCAUCGGUUAGACCAUCAAUGGAUGAAGUGGUGAAGCAGCUUGAGGAGAAUAGACCGAGAAACCGUUCGGCUUUGUAUAGUCCGGCUGAAACCAGAAGCGAAAUUGGUACACCUUUUUAAUCUGUUUAUGGGUUCGAUGGAUGUAAGCCGUCUGAUUGCAAAAUGUGAUAAGAUUAUUUAAACAAAGAUGGUUUUUGGCGUAUUGAUGCACUGGGGUUUUUUUUUUAUUAGAUAGCUUUUAAGUUUAGUUUAUUUGAUAUUUGUGAUAGUUGUAUGCAUCAAGAAUGUAGCAAUACUUGGUUAAAAGGAGUAGCUUUAUGAUUUGUAUUAUUAAAGAAAUUUAAAAUGACUGUAAGAAGACUUUCUUCGCCCUGGUGAACAGGAUUAUGGUGGUCAUUUUAGUC